AAAAAUGAUUUCUUACGCCUCACGCUUCGACAGUCAUACAAGUGGAUAAGUAAUACUAGCGGAAAGAGACCUUUGACCACAGAUUUUUCUCGACAGCGCUCUCAACGGGAAGUUUACAAAAGAAGCAUCCCUGAAACUGGACCGGUCGAGUAAUUCUUGCCGGAUUAAUGAGAUAAAAUCAAGCUCAUUUUUGCCCCUAAGGUGGAUGCCAAGUGGCUAAGGAAGAGUUAAAUACCUUCGCGAUCAUUGAAUCACUCUAAUAAAAGGAUACUUCCGCUGAUUUUGGGCCUUUAAACUGUUUUACUGUUCAAACUUUUUAUUUGUUUCGGCAACGUUAAUUGCAAAAGAAUUUAUUAACAUGUUAAUCAAGAAUUCAAAUUUUACAAGCUUAGGAACUACAUUGAAUUCUUCCGUCAUUAAACAAUUGUACUAAAACAUCAUGGUUAAGCUAUAAAAUUUGUGUCGAACUUUUAUCUUAAUCGAGCUGCCAUCGCCAAAAGAGUUCGAAGUUGAAGUGAAAGUCAUUGUCAACAGAAGAAAAUGAAGUUGAAAGUUUUUUUUGCAGUGAGUAUACCAGAACUUGAAGUCUCGAGUUUUUUUAGCCUGCUGCUACUUUUAAGUUCUAAGUUUGGAUUUGACUUUUGUAAAUCUGGGGACCGAGUUUCAUGAAAAGAGUUUUCUUGACGGAUGCCUGCAGGCUGUGCUUGAUCACGGUUUAAAAAACUGUUGUUUGCCUGGAACAAUUUAUCCAGAUCUUUUUAUCCUUUUAUAUACAGCCCAAAGUCCCGAAAUGCAUAGGUUUAGGGAGGGUCAGUUACGGAGGGUUGUCGCUUAGAAGAAUCGAACUACAGAGGGUCUCUUCCUAGAGGUCCUGACAUAUCUAUUUUUUGCCGUAGAAUUUAUUUCUUGCAAUUUCUAAGUUAUGUAUACGUGUAGUUUUGUUUUGACUUUCAAAGUUCUUCUUAUAGUCUGAGUGGCAUAGUACAUACAGCGAGCAACUAGACGGCAUUAUCAGUCCGUCAAUUGGAAAAAAAUGGAAAACUAUGAUACUAUAAGCACAAAACAUGACCGAAGUCGCGUAUGAGAGGUGAUCGUUCACGAGAGGUUCUAAUCAUUGAGUACUGACUGGGAAAAGAAGUUUUCUGGGUAGAUGGUCGCUUCUUAUGGGAGGUGGUGGCUCACGAGAGGUUCUAAUCAUUGAGCAUUGACUGGGAAUAAACGUUCUGUCGGUGGGUGAUCGCAUCUUAUGAGAGGUGGUCGUUUACAAGAGGUUCUAAUUAUUGAGCAUUGACUGGAAAAAAAGGUUUUCUGGGCAGGUGGUCGCUUCUUAUGGAAGGUUUGACUGUAUUUUGAGUUUAAGGGUAACUAUGCUAUUUUCGAAUUUUGACUGAUUUUUUUUUUGUUUCAGCUUAUCAUAUCUCUUUUCUUUGUUCCUAGACUGUUUUCGUCGUUUUGUUUGCUGAGGAAGUGUACUCUCUCAGACUUAUUUACGAGGGUGCAAGGAGCAAUGACAGAAGAUGCAAUUAUGAUGGGCGUUAUGUGAGAAUAAACCUGAAGGAAUGUCGUGAAAAUAAUAAUUCGCGAAACGAAUGUCCAGCAUUUGCGGAUGGCGAAACGAGCAAGAAUUCCAGCACAAGUAAGUUGGCGGGUUUCUUGAUGUCGUUCUACUGCUCUCAGUCACUUUCCAUCUCAAAAUUAUAUUAAAAAGGAAAAAAUUAUAAGCAUAAAAUUCCAUAUUUUAUUACUGAAGACUAUCGCGCCACUGCGGGGAUCCUGUGGUCUAGCCGAAUUUCUAUGCUAUUGGCGAUACAACAUGAUAUCCGACACCCACCCACACUCGGUAAAGUCUUUUUCACUCUCUCUAGAAAUAUUACAUUUUGCAGUGUUAUUCUUUUUUUCCCUGAGGUUGAAUAAUUGAAAAUUAGUGCUUUAUUUUCCCAUUUGGCUCUCUCUGGUUUGAUCAGGAAUGUGUCACCACUCACCAAAAAAUUAAAGUGUGAGCUAUUCUAAAAGGCACUCUGUUGCUAUGUCAUAAAGCUUGUACUUUGGUAUCAUAUUUUAGCAGAUUUUACGCUGGAAAAAUCGGAAAAAGAUGAAAAGUGGUGCAUCUCGUUCAACAAAACCUAUUCACUUGCCUUUAAAGGGAACUCAACCAGCUUCGAGGUGAGUGAAAACUCCAGUUUAAGAAGUUUUCUCUGCAGGAGUACAAUUAUGAAAACAUCUUUUUUUAAUAGUAGACUUUCCGAUUAUCCUAUAGCGCAAUAGAUUUAAUGAAUAGGUUCAAAUUUGCCGGUGAGUGUCUUUUUAGUUAGAUAUCACAACUUUGAGGUUAAAAUGUGGCGAGAACAAAAAAGUGACAAAGCCCUGCCGUAGGCACGUGCGUCAGAUUACUAUGAGAUCAAGCAUUUUGAUUUCCCCAUGAUUCACAACUGAAGACACCACACAUGAUUUGAGAAAAUCGUUGGUUAUCAAAAGUUGUACACAGGAGUUUUCAGCGGGAAAAUCGAGAAUCGCGGGGAUUUUUUUCGAUAAUGUUACCCGUUGCACUACCGCAAUAGAUGCAGCGAAUUUCUUGCUAUCGGAUUGGCUGUAGUGACAUGGGAUAAUUUGAGGUAUAAAUGGUUAUCAGAUGACUAGAAUGCUAUUUAUAUUUUUAGUUAUGUUACUCUAAAUUCUGUGGAGCCCUUUCACUCAUAUGGACUGCAGAUAUGCAAAGUUAAUGAAACAAUGGACGUUUUUACAUAGGAAAAAGUUUCAAUUCCCACGGUAAUGGUUAGGGAAAUCAACAAUGUCGACUUUCUAUUGCUUUUGCGACACCAAUAUGGCGAACGUGUCGUCACAUAAAAAUGCUCUAUUUAAAACCCAAGAGACAUGCAAUCGGAUUCGUGGGUAAAAAGUAUUGCUGGAAGAGCAUUCCUAACAAUCCCUUUCUGAUACUUAAAUAAUAAUAGUCAGUAGUAAUAAUUUCACCAUUGAAUGGUUACAUAUAGAUGAUACAGUCGAUCUUUUCCUUUUUCAGAAUGUUUCCUGUCAAGAUAAAGUCCGUAACGUUUGGUUUAAUUAUGAAAUUUAUAACCUCACAAGUGACUUUAAAAGAUAUCGUGCGUUCUACCACAAACAAGGUGAAACUUUCAUGUGUCUUACUCGCCGCUGUAGUGGAAAAUUGUAUUUAACUAGUGUUAAUUCAACAAAUGACCGAAAAUGUUUCUUUUCUACUACUACUAAUUGAUGAUAAGUUAAUGUGACAGAACAGAAUGAGGUGUUAUUUAACGUAUGGCAUAAUUCUUUAUCAAUUUAACGCAAUUUUCUUUAUUUUUAAAGCCUUUUUUACUGUAACAUUAAAAUUGUAUCGCAUUCUAUAGAAAGGAAGGAAUUGGAUGUUUAAAGCUAUGGUGCUACCGUUAAUAUUUCUUACACUAGUCUCUAACACUGGCAGUGUACAUUACCAGUUAAUUCAAUAAUACAAUUAUUCUCCGCCACGGUAAUGAAUAAGCAAAUUAAAAAUGAUAUCACCUUGACCGCUAGCAGUCUGUUUGCAGUUCCAUGGAGUCGAUAUAUAAUUAUACCAAUGCAGCGAACACGACGUGCUAACAUCGAACAGUAUCGUGUGAUUACCAAAGCUAAUAGUCAGUUAAUCAAAGGGCACGAUACUAACUCCCGGGGGUACUGACAGCGUUAAGUAGUACAUAACUUCAUGGGAAACGCCUUGGAAGAUUCCAUGUGAAAAAGGUGGUGACGCUGGCAGGAAAAACACUAAAAUUAAACCCACAGAAUGCCAGGCCUGGCGCGUUGCAAUUUUCAGCUGCGGUAUAUUGCAAAUAAGAGCGCAGUUGUUAUUAAACUAUUUUCUCUCCUCUCUUCUUUUUUGCUUUCCUUUUUCUUGACGUCCCUAAGUGAUACUUGAGCAGUGAAAGAGAAUUUUGGCGGUCCAUUCCCUAUUAGAAGUACCUAAUUCUGGGACUAUGUGACGACGAAUUUCUGAGCCCUUGUGUUUUGGAGCUAAUCACUAAGCAACAGUCAUCAGUGCCUCAGUUUGUCCGAAAUUGUAACAGUGAAGAGAAACUGAAGUCCACUGAAGGAUGUGCAUAAAUGAUAUGUUCAUUGUAAACGGGGCUUACUUACGGUAAGCUUCGUUGACAACAACAACAACAACAAAGCUAUUUAACUCCGCUCGCCACACACAACAAUAGCUGAUUUCCAGGCCGGCGCGUACGCAAACACCCAUUACAGAAGCAAGUGUUCACUAUAGGGAUGCAAAAUGUGACACAUUUUUAGAACAUAAUUUAUUUUGUAAAUAUUUACUCAAUGCAGCUAGUUUUACAAUAUAAGUUGGUGGGAGUUUUGGAGAAUAAUUAACAUAGAUUUUAAAAAAAUUACACAUAAAUAAAGGAAUCUGAGCGAUCCAGCAGUAGGCAAAGAGGCAAUUUUGCCUUUAAAUUCGGAAAGCGAUUGUUCUGAUUUGCCUGGUAAGAAAGAUUGUUUCAGCGCAUCGGACCACUAUACUUAAAAUUACAUUUGAGGAAAUUCGUUUUUGGCCUUGGAAGUGCUAGAUCAGUUUCAAGAUUCCUAAGAUUAUGGUUGGUGCUACUAUCGUUGGGUUUUUUAAGAGGCUGUUAGAUGGAGACAGAUUGAUCUUGAGGAUUUUGUACAUCAGGGUAGCCUUCACAAGUGAGCGACUGGUUUCGAGGUUUUCCAUUUCAAAUUAUCAUUUACAAGCACAUUUACCGAUCUAAUGUCAUGUGAUAUGAUAAACCCGUUAAUCACAUUUUUUAAGAGGCUACCUGCGAGCUAUACAUUAGAACUGUAAGGUUUCGAGGGGACUGGUCACUUACUACUUAUGAGGGGUGCCGGCUAUUUGAAAAAAGCUUAAAAACAUUUCAAACCGACCUCCCCAUUUUAACAUAGCUUUAAUUGUAUAAAUGACCCCCAUUGGUGUGGAAACUACGAAUAUUUUAGCUACAAAAAAAUCUUGCCGAAGUUCACCAAAUACAGUCGAACCUUCAUGAGCGACCACCUCUCGUAAGCGACCACCUCCCAUACACGACCCGGCAAAUCCAAAACACCAAAAUGUAAGCGACCGCGAACACCUUUAAUUUUGGACCUAAUGAUUUUCUAGUUUUUUUUUUUUUUUAACUUCUUGUAAGCGACCACUUGACGCAUUCUCUGAUCUUUUUGCUCGCUGUGUGGUGCUACUUUGAAUAUACGAAGGACUUUAGUGACAACAUGGAAGUACACAUGGCGCGACUUAGAAAUUGCAUGCAAUAAAUUAUCUUCUAUAAAGUAGAUGUGCCCGGGCCUCUUCUCGGAUGAGGCCUCCUGUGGUUCAAUUCUUGUAAAGGACCACCUCCCGUAAGCGAAGACUAAGUCUUAGAAUUUUAGGUGGUCGCUUACGGGAGGUUUGACUGUACCGCAGUAGUGUUUCUAAGAUUGGCUUAUACCAUUCGCGGCUGUUGAAUUUAAUUUCAAUUUUGCAACCGCUUUUGUAUUACUUUCAUGAAAUUUAUUAAAAUGCCCCCCAGUUAACGCUCCCUUAUCUGAAAAGGACCACCCAAAAUCAAGAUCAAAGAUCCCAUGGCCAGAAAUCACGCGCAUUUGAGCCCGCGCUGUGGUAUGCGGCUUUCUUCUUAACAACAGAGAAUCCAAUAUGGUGGGAAAAAAGCGUGCUUUCCUAGUAGAUUACGCACAGCUUCAUGAUAUUUCACGUCCAGCAGAAAAUCCAAAAGAGGGAAGAUGUACGAGGCAGAGAGAAUAA